AUGAGGGCAUACUGGUAUGAUAACAAGCCGGGCGACCAGCGCGAGCCUCAUGACUCCGGCAAGGCCGUCUCUGAAGACAAGCUCGCUUCUCUAGGCGUCUUGUAUCACCACUGCCCAUCCAUCGAAGCCGUCGACAAGCUCGCCGCGGAGCGGGGCUACAAGAAUCGCGACGAAGUGUGCGUUUCACCUGCGACGAUGGGCGAGGUGUACGAGGAGAAAGUCAAGUCGUUCUUUGCCGAGCAUCUGCAUGAAGAUGAGGAGAUCCGAUACAUCCUCGACGGUGAGGGAUACUUUGAUGUCCGCGGCGUGGAUGAUGAGUGGAUUCGAAUCUGUCUGGUCAAGGAUGAUAUGAUCAUUCUGCCCGCGGGUAUUUAUCAUCGUUUCACGACGAAUGAGCAAAAUUAUGUUAAGGCGAUGCGUCUUUUCCAGGAUGAGCCUAAGUGGACACCGCUGAACCGCGGUGCCGAAGUUGAUGUCAACCCUCACCGAAAGUCGUAUGUUGAUGCGGUGCUCAAGCCUGCUGCGAUGGCUUAG